UCGCAGUGAGAGGUUGUGCGGCUGUUGCGCUGCCGCUGUCACCUGUUACUUUGCACUCUAUGUUGCUACUUCAUCUAUUCGUUACAGAUUUUGAUAAUUCAUGCAAAUUUUUCAUGUUAUAGCUGACAACUAAGAGGAACGCUCUAUUGACUAUCAUUUGAAGUUUUAGUUCGCGCAAUUAUUAAGUGUGUCUCACAUAAACUAAAGCUUGAACAGUGAAAAUAUUCGGCACAGAUUCGAAUGGGCAGUUUUAUUAGUUAGCACUGCUCCCUGCGUUGGAUUUGUGUGCAUAGGUGCUCGUAAGUUUUUUCAAGUGUAUUCACGUACCUAAACGGAAUGUUUUUGGUAUUGGUUCCAUAAUGGCCAUCGCAUUUAUUUAAACUCUAACCUCGCGACUUUGUGGCAGAAAACCGUUCCUUCUAUUACAGUUCUAUACAAGAUCUCCAACAUGUUUCUUCACAUGGCUAAAAUGGAGAAACGGAAGAAGCCAGCAGCGAAGGGUGUGGGAGGCUUCCGUCCCGUCGUGGACUGGCGACACAUCACAGUGAGGAGGCGGACUGUAGAGGACUGUAAAGUCAUCACCUUCAUCAUCACCAGCGGCGUCGUCAUCAUCGUAAUUGGGCUCAUCAUCACCGUACUCGGCUUUUUCGUCGUCAACACUCGAUGUCCGAGCGGUUGGCACUACAGCGACCCAGACUGCCUGAGGACGACAGACGACAACGCCACCUUCGAGCAGGCGGGUCAUUACUGCGCUGACAUGGGUGCUGCCCUGCCCAUCGUCCUGUCCAUGGACUGCAACCAACUCCUCGCCAACCUGAUCACAGGACCGACAUGGCUAGCUGCCGUCAAGCAGGCCUCAGACACAAGCUACAGGUGGACAGGCUCUGGUGUGGCGCCGAACUUCACGAAUUGGGACGUUGCACCGGAGAAAUCUCCCUCCACACAACCUCACUGCGCCGAGUCGCCCGACAGCGGAGUGAACACCUCGACCAGCCAAGACCUCGGCAUCGCUAACACUUCGGUGGACUCCAGGCCGGCGUCAUCGAAGAAUAAAACAACGGCCAGAAACAAAACUGCGCCGCUGAUCAUCACCCCAAGAAAACACCCGCUGGGGUCUUCUUUAAGUCUUCCUCAAGCUCCAGUGAAGCCUAAAGCUAAAGAUUUCUUAGAUCCUAAUGGAACUCCCAGAUCUUUACCCGUGCCUUCAACAGCUCUUGAUGCCUACAACUCUCAAGAACACCUUGAGCUCAUCCUUACCCCCAAGGACUUGUAA